AUGAGCAGAUAUCGCGGCGACCAUCACGAUCCACGAUCUCACCAUCUCGCGGACGCACACGGCCGACAAGUAUACGAGAGCCCAUCCACUGUCUCGCAGCAGCGUCGUCCUCAUACGUCCCAGCCUCAUCAGCCUCAUCAGCCUCAUCAGCCUCAUCAGCCUCAUCAGCCUCAUCAGCUUCAUCACAAAAACCCUGUGGUUCCGCUGGAUUCAGUCUCGAACCCUCACGGCUACCCCGAACGCGAUCAAGGCUGGGCAAGUCGACGACCCCGAUCAGGAAGCGUCCACGUUCUGCCAUCUUCCCAUCCUGGCGACCCACGCCGCGGCGCUGAUCCAAGCCUUGGCCCACCUUCGACAGGCUACGGCUGGUCGCCGCCCGAAGCAUCACCGUCCGAAAGCUCUUCUCGCAACGCGGCAAUUCACACUGGCCGACCCCACUUUAAACAAAACAGGAGAGAGCCACAUCGCAAUGAUGACCCAAGGGCUCGUCCAAGUUCCCCACGCAACCACGGCUCGCAGCCCGAUCCAUCGGCAAGCAUCCCUCGCAGCGCUGCAAGUCACGCAUCCCGUCCCCAGUAUGGACAAGCCUUUCCUGCUCCCGCCCUCAGAGCCCCUGGCAUAGGAGCCAGCGACGACACCCAGCGAAGGCUGCGAAGGCUCGGCUACCUCCUCUGUACCAUCGAAACCCGGCUUGGCAGUGAGUUGGCCGUCACGGAGCCCCACUGGACUUCACGAGAUACGGAACUCUUCAUACAGCUUGUAGUAGAGCAGAACGAGGUCGGAGAAUCAGCGCCGAUGCGGAUGAGGACGAUGCGCACUGCCUCUACGUACUACGGUAUCUUUGUCAAGUGCCGAACGGCUCGUCGGACCGAUGGCGUUUCCAUGGAACAGGUCACUACCAUGCGCAACGGUGUACAAAGUCUCGUCUUCGACGUCUGCGAGGAAGCAACGCUCUCGACUCGCGAGGAGGGCUACCGUAAGCUGCUUGAGCUCGGAACCAUGGACACGACGCUUAUCAAGAGCAAUGUCUCGGCCUUGGUUCAGCUCCUUGAGAAUGACAACGAUCAUGGCAGGGAGCGUAGGGUUGUUGAGGAUGUGCUUGCCAAGCACCUGGUGCUGGCUGAGGGAACGAAACACGAAGAUGGGCCGCUCACCGUAGCCUUGCAGGCGAUGUUCGAAGACAAGGUACCACACAUCAAUAGCCUGAUCCUCGAUUUUCUCCUUGAAGCAGGCUCUGGACAGGAGAUCGUCGACAUGAUGGCGGCCGACAUCCUACAUGCAGCCGUGCUUUCAACCUGCAUCGCCAGCAUGUUGCCUGUCGCCGUUGAUGAGGAUAUCACAAAGGCCAUCAAAAUUAUCCACGACCUGCAGAGCAUCUGGGUUGAACCAGAUGAAAAACUCUCGGAUGCAGCGGCGACUGCCGCCCUCGACGCUGCCAUAUACGUCUUGUGGAGCUUCAGUCGUUUGCUCAUGCACCAAUACAAAGUCCUUGUUUUCACAUCUUCGGAACAAGGCGAAUCGGACGUUUUGGGGUUGGCCAACACCAAUCUUUUGGACGGAUUGGACCUGACACCAAAAAAUCGAUAUGUCGAAGGAGGUGUCAGAACCUUUAGCGCUUUGAUUGGCGCUGUUCAAGAGAUGAUUCGCGGUAGAACCGAGGAACAUAAGCUUGCGGACGAACAGAAUCUCUCCGAGGCAAAGGUCUUUGUCAACCAACUAGAAGCUUCAACGCUGUAUCUAUUCUGCUUGCUUCCCAUUGACAUCAGCACCGAAGAGCCGAAAGUCGUCGAGCAUUUCAGCGCUGCUCAAAGGAUCGUUCUGUUUCGAUCCGCCGCCAACCUGGCAGCUCGAGUAGCAUCAGCCGCAAAGCACUAUCCUCAGCAACUCGGCUUCCCGGGCGAACAGAUCACUACGCAUAUUGCUGAAGUGACAGCAAGAGCGCUGAAGGCCUAUGUACCUACCACCGGAACGGGAACCAACGACAAAACCAAGGCGCAGGCUCAAAUCGCGUACAGCAUGCUGGCUGGACAGGCGCUGCUGACAGCCAUCCAUUGGUGCGAGUCUUCGCUUGACCGGCCUGGAAUCGUAUCGACCGACAGAGACUUGCGCGAGAAGGUCCACAGCCUUUCCUCGCUUGCGCAAGAGAUCCUAGAAAAGGAAGAAGCCGAUCUGCAGGUGCUCAAUGCAGCCGCCCUGAUUUCUAGCUUGGCCAAAGGGUUCUUGUCUCUGUCGAACAGAGCACGAAGCGACGUCAAGCAGCCGAAUCCGACUUGGCUCAUGCCUGUUCCUCCUUUACCUGAAUGGGUCGAUCCAUCUGUGAAAGCUGAGCCCUCGGUAGCCGGUCUAGCUCGUGCAAGCACAAGUGCCGACAGAGGAAUCACGAUUCGAGGCACAAGUCGAGCAGAGCACGAAAUGCAUGCAGAUCGUGCAGACGCAGGGCCAGUGCCACCUUGGUCGGCUGGAGGCGUUGCUGGAGGCGUUGCUGGACGUGUUGGUGCGCGAAGAAGCUCGGACCGAUGGCCGGAAUCGCACCGCCUGAGACCCAAAGAGGAGCGUAACGAGGACGUGGCUGCCUGGAGUCGUCGACGUGAUGCGGAUAACCAAGGUCACGGCAGCAGGAAGGAUCGUUGGGGUCGUUGA